GAGAUAGAUGAGGAGGAGGUAGAAGAUGCUGGGGAAGACCAUGAAGAAGAAGAGGCCAAGAAGAAGUCAAGGCAUGGUUUUGUUCCCAGCUUGGCUGCUCCCAAAAUUCCAGAUGGAGAAAAAGUGGACUUUGAUGACAUCCACCGAAAGCGCAUGGAGAAGGACCUGACGGAGCUCCAGACGCUGAUCGAGGAUCACUUUGAGAAGCGCAAGAAGGAGGAAGAGGAACUCCUCAGCCUCACCGACCGCAUUGAGCGGCGCAGGUCCGAGAGAGCAGAGCAGAUGAAGAUCAGAGCUGAGAGGGAAAAAGAAAGACAGAACAAACUGGCGGAGGAGAAAGCCAGGAAAGAGGAGGAAGAGGCCAAGAAGAAAGCAGAAGACGACGCCAGGAAGAAGCUGAUCCUGAGCAACUUGAGCUUCACUGGUUAUAAAACGCAGACGGGGCCGAAAAGACAAACUGAGCGAGAGAAGAAGAGGAAGAUCCUGAACGACCGCCGCAAGGAGUUGAACAUUGAUCACUUGAGGGAGGACCAACUCAGGCAAAAAGUCAAGGAGUUGUCAGACUGGAUGCGCCAGCUGGAGGCAGAGAAGUUUGAACUUCAGUACAAGUACAUGAAGCAGAAAUAUGAGGUGACGGUGCUGAGGAACCGUGUCAGCGAUCAUCAGAAAAUCUCAAAGGGCAGCAGGACCAAGCGCGGCCUGAGGAAGUAGUGACACCCACCCCAGGAUCCUGAGACUGGAGCGGAGAGUCACCACUUUCUAGCAAGAAAGGUUUCUCUUAAAUCAAAAUCUGUCUGUGAAAUAAAGGGCAUGCACCACUGAGUGUGUGCAAUGCAAGA